AUGUUUCUCUUCACCAAUGGCAAGAAUGUGAAGUACGACAAGUUAACUAACGAGGUCGAGUCAGAGCAGGAGGACAAGCUUGAGAAUUCUUUACCAUGGCCACUCUCACGACUCCGGAAGAAUGGACUAAUAUACGUUCUGAUUCUAUCCAAUCUGAUCAGCAGUCUGUUGAUCAUUGCAACAUUCACUCGGCAGGGAAUGCAAAAGCAUGAUUCGUUUGAGAGCGGCUUUAGGACUGAUUUUGACCCAGCUCGAGAACACAUUGAGUUGGAGCACUUGAUCUUUUCUGGGUCUCCAGCAUUUACCUAUGCAGGUGUUGAGUUCCAGCAUCAACCAGCCAAGGUCCAAUAUGUUGGCAAGCCAAGUCCAGAGAUUGACCAGGCUUGGGAAGAUUUGGUGGCAGGGAAAGAAUUCUUAGCGACAGAAGAGGAAGUCAAAAUUCAAUGGCCGGAUGAUGUUAGCGAGUUAUGGGACGAAGAUCGUGGUGGUUAUGUGAUCAGUAUCGAUGUUUUUCAAACAUUGAGUUGUCUGGACUUGUUGCGUCGCGGUUUGUCUCCAUCAUACUAUAAUCUGACUUAUGAUGAGAACACUUCGUCUACAAUGAGUGAGCUUGUCUCCUAUAACGACUCUAGAGCGAAAUGUGCUCACUAA